CGCGUCGCAACACCGAGCAUACCCACUUGCUAUCGCUGCUAUAACGGAUCAUCAAUUUACGGCCACUGACACAAGCACCCGACCGUCCAAAGUAAGCGCCGUCACACCGCAACGAGACACAGCCUGGACGAUGCCUGCUCGACGAACCAGCCGCGCAGCGGCAAAGCGGGCCCAACAAGCGCUCGAGAGCACGCCCAAGACGUUUGACGGCCUCGACGAUGAGGAUGAGCCCAUGCCCGAUGCUGCCGGACAGGACGAUGCGGAGCCAGAGCAGGAAGGAGAAGAGGAGGAGGAGGCUGAGAAGGCCGAUAAGGACGACAAAGACGACGGUUCGGUCGCCGAGGAAGAAGCCCGAGAGGAGGAUGAGGAGUCCGCAAAGUCUCCGACACCUCCUCCGGAACCUGUCGUUCGUCGCCGACGGUUAGGGAGACCUCCCAAGAAUCGCCCGCCGGACUGGGACACGCUGCCCAUCGAGCCUCCGAACCCCGACGCCACACCACGACGCCGCGGCCGUGGCGGUUGGCGCGGACGUGGUGGACGUAAAGGUCAGCACUACCAGCCGACGCAGCAGUCCAUCGACAAGGAUGGCACCGUUAUGGACAUUGUUAACGACGAGGUCGACCUGCCGGAGGAUCCCGAGGGCGAGACGAAGGUCGACAAGCUUGGAAAUCUCAAAGGCGGGCGCGAGUACCGGUGCCGAACUUUCACGCUGCCCAACCGCGGCGACCGUCUGUAUAUGCUAUCCACCGAGCCCGCCCGGUGCGUUGGCUUCCGCGACUCGUACCUCUUCUUCACCAAGCACAAGAAGCUCUACAAGAUCAUCGUCAACGACGAGGAGAAGCGAGACAUGAUCGAGCGCGAAAUCAUCCCGCACAGCUACAAGGGUCGCUCGAUCGGUAUCGUGACAGCCCGGUCCGUCUUCCGCGAAUUCGGUGCCCUCAUCAUUGUCGGUGGGCGAAGGAUCAUCGACGACUACGAGGUUGCCAAGGCACGCGCGGAGGGCGUGGUCGAGGGCGAGCUGGCCGACCCGUCGGACGUUUACGACCCGGACAAGCCGUACAACAAGAAUCAGUACGUUGCCUGGCACGGCGCCAGUUCGGUGUACCAUGCUGGCGGUCCGUCCGUUCCCCAGCAAAACGCCAAGGCCGACAGCAAGAAGCGGCGCGUCGCUGUCAACGAUGUCAACUGGCAACUGGAGCAUGCCCGCGAGGCCAGCCAGUUCAACAGCAUGCUGUCCGCGGUCCGCCGCGCCAACCUCAAUGGUGUCUACGACAUUCACACCAACCAAAUGCACUAUCCAGCUAUCAUGCAGCCGACGCACGCGCGUAUCGAGCAGGUCGUGGACCGCGAGGAGAGCGAAGGCGACGCGCCUUCGAGAAGAUCGACAAAGUUCCCCCCGGUCAAGCCAUCCAUCUCGCGCAACUUCCUCGUCAUGGACAUGCACCUCGAGACGCCACCAUCCGGCGUGUCGGCGGCGGCGUACGAUGUGCCCUUCCGCACGUCCCAGGCCGAUUACGAGUCGUCGGCGGCCGCGGAUUUCCUGGCGCCGUUCAGGGGCCUGCGGGCGGUGCCGGACGAGGUCCGCGACCUGCUCCCGCCGGAAUGCCGGCAGGCGUUCGACAAGGCCAGGGCCAAGGAAGACAGCUGGUUCGAGAGAUGGGGCAACGAGGCCGACGUGACUUCGAGACGUGACCCAGUGGUGGAUAAGGCCAUUGUGCCUUAUUCAAUGACUCUUGCUUGAAGGAGGGAGGGGUUGGGAAGGUUGGGUGAAUGGUUGGUUUGCUAACCUUGCUCCCUUCUUCCUUUGCCCCGUUCCUUAGGUGGUUGCACCCUGGCUCGAGUUCGAGUGGGU